AUGCGUAGAGGGUCUUGUAGCUCCUGGACUCGUGGCUACAAAACGUGCAGUAGAAAGAGAGAGGCUAAAAGACGGCCUACGAAGCUGGGUGGGUGCAGUAUGGAGAGGCAAAGUAUGGGAGAGAGGCGACCUGGUGAGGCGAUGGGAGGAGAGCAGGGGAGUCGGACGAGUAUGGAAAUUGCGACAGUAUUGGGAACGUGUCGCAAAGAACAGCAAUACUGGAUGCAGCGUUGCUUGAAUUUGCGGAAGUGA